ACCUCUAUCACCAUCGCCAACGAUCCCCAUUGAUCCACCUCCUCCUCGCUCCGAGCCAGCUCACACUCAGCAUGUUGGCUCGAUCAGCCCUGCGCACGGCGCGCUCCGCCGGCAACGCGACCCGCAAUGCCACCAGCAGAACCUCUUCGCGCGCGGCUUCGACUUCGACCGAGGGAGCUUCCUCAACGCUGAGGAACAACGCCCUCCCCAUUGGUGCUACCGUUUUCGCUCUCGGAUCGUCCGCCUGGUACUGGCAGAUGUACGGCCGCAGUGUCGACGCCAUGACACCGGCUGAAGAAGGUCUGCACCCAACUCAGUACCCGUGGCAGCACGAGAAAUGGCACAAGACAUUUGACCACGGAGCUCUCCGCCGUGGUUUCCAGGUCUACCGCGAGGUCUGCGCCUCUUGCCACUCCAUUUCCCGUGUCCCCUACCGAGCCGUUGUUGGUCAGUUCAUGACUGUCGACGAGGCCAAGGCCCUCGCCGAAGAGAACGAGUACGACACCGAGCCCAACAACGAGGGCGAGAUCGAGAAGCGCCCCGGAAAGCUGUCCGACUACAUGCCCGCGCCCUACAAGAACGACGAGGCUGCCCGCGCUGCCAACAACGGUGCUCUUCCCCCGGAUCUAUCGCUCAUGGUCAAGGCCCGCCACGGCGGCUGCAACUACAUCUUCAGCUUGUUGACCGGUUACCCUGAGGAGCCUCCCGCGGGCGCUGUCGUUCAGGACGGCCUCAACUUCAACCCCUACUUCCCCGGUACCGGCAUUGCCAUGGCUCGUGUCCUGUACGACGACUUGGUCGAGUACGACGACGGAACCAAGGCCUCAACCUCGCAGAUGGCCAAAGAUGUUGUUGAGUUCCUCAACUGGACUGCCGAGCCAGAGAUGGACGACCGCAAGAAGAUGGGCUGGAAGGUCUUGGCCGUCACCAGUGUGCUUUUCGCCCUCAGCGUCUGGGUCAAGAGAUACAAGUGGGCACCGCUCAAGUCCCGAAAGAUCGCCUAUGUCCCACCGCAGCAGAAGAGCAUUCUCGACCAGAUCCCCAAGCCAAACACAUCGGGCAAGACCAACCAAUAAGCGUGGUUCAGAUUUGCAUUUGGGUGGAUUGGGAGGAGCGAGAUGCGGCAGCGUGUGUGUUCUAUAUUCUGUACAGUGUCAGGUACCCUCAAAUAAGACUUCUGAGAUUCCUUUGUUCA